AUGCCGAGCAUCUUGUCAAGAUUCAAACGAUCCCCUUCCACUUCUUCUUCAAACGGUGAUUUAGCUGAAGAAAGCAGAUCAAGAAGAUCAUCUGUCGUUUCUUCAAAUUACACUUACGAAGAAGGUGAACAACAUAUAACAUCUCCAGGUAGAAGUAAAAUAGCGGUACCACCAGGUCCAGGAGGUAGUAUAUUCGUUGAAAAUUUCAGUGAUAACAACCAAAAUCAAAAUCAAAACACAUCAUCUUCACCUGUCAAAAGGCAAAUCACACCCAGUCCAAGAGAUAGACCUGCACCCUUGAACGUACCAGUUUCAAAUUCUAAUCCACCAAUCCAACCUCUAGGUACACCCAAAUUAGUCUUGACUGAAGAAGGGUCAAAUUCACCAAGGAGUUUUAACAGUAGCCCCGUAGUCACCAGUCCAACCAAGGUUGAUCGCACUCGUCCUACUUUAGGUUUAGGUAUAAGUAAUACGGAUCGAGAUACAACUGAAGACGACUUAGAGACCCCUACAGCAUACGAUCAUUCAUACAAAGAGAUGUCUCUUCCCGUUGAUUCUACCACUCGAGUGAGAUCAGGCUCUAUAAUCUCAUCUAACGGAGGACAUUCUAGACGUGGUUCUAUCCUAUCCCGGACGACGAAAGAUGCUACUUCACCUCCUUUAUCACCAGAAGGUUUACAUCCAGUAGAUAGUAGACAAACCAGUGGGAGUAAGAAAUCAAGAAAAAGAAGAACAAAGUCAAUUACUUCGACAUCUGGUCAAAGCGGAAUCGCUGCUGCUUUGGCUAAAGGCGGUUUACAUAUCACUGGCCCGGUAGUGAGCGAUGAUUUCUUGAAGUCGAUGCAUAUCAAACCAAGACAUCGCAGCAAGAGAAGUCCAUUCUUGACUUCCCGUAAAGAUGGUGACGACGAUGGAGGACAUGGUGAAGAAAUAAAUGGAGAAGACGACUUUGAAGGCGAUGAUUUCGAUGAUGACGACGACGACUCAAGCAGUGAUCUAGGUGAUGAUCUACCUGUGACUGGUUUCGCCGUUGCAAGUAACAAGAGAAACGCAGACUUUCACGCUCUUUUCCCUUCUAUCGAUGAUGGAGACUAUCUGAUUGAGGACUAUGGAUGCGCAUUAUCAAAGGAUAUUCUGUUGCAAGGGCGACUUUAUGUUUCAGAAAAUCACUUAUGCUUUCAUGCGAACAUCCUCGGUUGGGUUACAGAUGUUGUCGUGGCUUUCGCGGACAUUCGGACCAUUGAAAAGAAGAUGACUGCAUUGGUCAUCCCAAAUGCCAUUCAAGUGACCACCGGUAAUGCCAAGUACACAUUCGCAUCACUCAUCGCUCGAGAUUCCACCUACGACGUGAUGAUGAAUAUUUGGCGAUUGUGUAACCCUAAUGCUGUCAUGUCUAGCGUUUCAUUGGCUCAGACCAAUGUGGGCUCAAGACCAGGAUCAGUAGCGGGCGAUGAUGCCGAUGCGCCAAACUCAGGUGGAAACAAAGAAGGAGGAGCUUCAAAAGGUCAUGGACCAACACAGUGCGCUUGUGGCAAGGAAGGCAAACAUUAUGGUGAAACUGCAUUGGACACUACAUUCCACUCAACGCCUGAAAAAAUAUACGAACUCAUGUUUAACAGUGGUUGGUUCAAGACUUUCUUAAGUGACAACCAGAAGUUGAGAGAUAUUGAAUCGUCGGAAUGGAAACCCAUGGGCCCAUCAGAUCCACUCUUGACUCGUUCAACAUCAUAUAUCAAGCCACUCAAUGGGUCUAUUGGUCCGAAACAGACCAAAUGUCACAUCGUCGACGAGCACGAUCAUGUGGACUAUGACGACUAUAUCUCUUUGAUCACCACUACCAAGACUCCUGACGUGCCUUCCGGAGGUGUUUUUAGUGUCAAAACUAGGACGUGUCUUAUGUGGGCUGGGAAAAACGCUACCAAGGUUGUGGUUACCACUACCGUCGAAUGGACUGGAAAGAGUUGGGUCAAAGGUAUCAUCGAGAAAUCAUGUAUUGAGGGCCAAAAAACAUAUCAUGACGAUCUCGAGACUGGCAUGAGACAAUACAUCAAAGAGAACGCAUCCGAGUUUGCCGGUGAAGGAGGUGAAGAUGAAGAUGAAGUAGCUGAAAUUGAAUCCAAAGAAGCAGCUGAAAAGGGAGCAGGAGAAAACGUGUCUGAAGCCCAAAAAUACGCAAAUGAUCAAGCUAAGAAACAAAGAAAAGAACAAGAUCUAGGACUACUUCAAUCUGGAAUAGAUUCUUUGGUUGCUGGUAUCAAAGCGAUAUUCUCUGGUAUCAAAGGUAUAUUCGAUUCUGUUGAAGACAUGUUAGAAGACACUCCAUUCAAAUUAUCAAAUUUAUUGGCUAUCUUAAUCAUCUUGUUGGUUAUAAGUAAUGUUUAUACAUAUCUCAAAAUUGAUAAAAAAGCGUCAUCGACAAGAAGAUCAAAGAAACUAUCUCCUUCGCAUAAAAGGGAUGAGUAUGGAAAUGGUGAUAUCAGUGGUGGCAUCGAAGAUAUCGAAGAAGCUGUCAAAAGAGUGUUAAGACAAAAAGCUUCUUCCCAAACUCCAAAGGAAGAAUCAAUAGAAUUGUUGAAAAUACUGGACAACGUUGAAAGUAGAGUCAACAAACUAAGGGAUGAUAUCGCCUCUAUUGAAUUUGAUAAUUUGAUUACAAAGCCAAGCGAAGGAUCAGGUACUUUGAAUGACCUCGAUUAG